AUUAACUACUAUUAAUAAAAUCAUGAGUCAAAGCAGAAACAACAGAACUAGAAGGAACACCAAAUCAAACCCGACAACCAGACAAAGAAUCAGCUACUCUAGCAAACUUGUGAGCAGCGCGAUUCACAUAUCACCUAACAUGAUAAAUUUUAAUACUAUUAAAAUUAGAUAUAACUUCUCUAAUAUCACCUGCAAUAAAAAAUUAAUAGAUGUAGAACUAUUUGUGUGAAUAAUCUCAGAAAUAGCAUUUAGGGCAUCUAAUUCCACCUCCAUAUUAUCCCAUCCUUUCGAGUGAAUCCAAGAUAAAGUCUCCCUGAUGCCAAGUAACCCCCCUUCCCUACAUGAGCACUGACCAAGCCACGGUUUAGCCACCCAGCUGCCACAAGAUAAAGUCUCCCUGAUGCCUUAGCUUGCUCCACUCGUCGAGGCAUCAACAUUCACCUUCAAUUUCCCCUCCCCCAGCCGCUGCCACAUCCCAGGGCCUACCUGCACCUUGCUGCCCAAAAGAAAACCAGCGUCCUGCACCUUGCUGGACCGUUCCCUUGCCUGCUUCCAGCCCUUUCAAAAUGCCAUAGCUUGCUCCCAUAUACGAUCGGCCGAAAAAGUACGUGGUGUUCCAACCCGAUCGUUACGAGCACGCCAAAGACCCCAACAUCCCAUAAUCAUCUUGCAUCGAUCCUAUAUGUCCCUUUGUUGAAAGAAAACUUGCACCCAAUCCAGCACUGCAGGUAUCAUGCAACGAGUUGAUUAAUUUGUGAGGAAUUUCAUAUAUGUUGUUGCUUUUUUAAAUAAACGUUGGUUACAUUUCUUUAUGUUAUUUGUACCCGUAACCGGUUUAUGGAUGAGUUCUCUGGGAGUAGUUGGCCUAGCCCUGAACCUACAUGCCUAUGAUUUCGUUUCUCAAGAAAUUAGGGCAGCAGAAGAUCCCGAAUUUGAAACUUUCUACACAAAAAAUAUUCUAUUAAAUGAAGAUUUAUUUGUCAAAUAAGGCAAAUGAGGAAGUGUAAAGAUCUUUCGGGUACUGCUAAAAAUGGAAAGUGUAAAGAUCUUUCAGAAUCGGAAGGAGUAUUUAAGAAGAUACAUUGAAAUCCUUUCAUAGCAAGCAUGUGGGGUUUGAGAAAAAGUGACAUGUUUAUUACUAACAAAGUUUCUCCGGACAAAAAUAUUACUCCCUCCGGUCCUUAUUAAACUUUACGCUUUGAUUUCACACAUAUUAAGGAAAUAAAUUUGACUUUACUGUAGAGUACAUUGUUUGGCACUAUUUUGCACUAUUUGGUGUAGAUUUAUUUGCCAAAUAAGGCAAAUAAGGAAGUGUAAAGUUUAAUAUGGGACGACCUAAAAAGGAAAGUGUACAGUUAAUUAAGGGCCGGAGGGAGUACUAGUUAUGUUUUUUUUAUAUAAGUACGACUAGACAGUGUGUACGAGUAAAUGGACAAGAGUCACUAUAGUGUAUUUCAAAAUGACAAGGCACUGAUAGAUGAUGAGUCACUUUUUUGGAAAAUUUUAAUAUAAGCCAUAUUUUUGUCUUUUGAAUUUAAUUUAGUUAUAUUCAUAGAAAAAAGCCUAUAUAUGUUUUAACGGAAUAUGUACAAAUAUACCCAUGUAGUAUGAGUGUGAGAACAAAUAUACACAUGUUCUAUUUUUCAGCGCAAAUAUACCCCUGAAGUAUUUGUUGAAGUGCAUAUAUAUCCCUAAACAUUUAAAAGUGCAAAAAUACCCAUCAUAUUCUUAUAAAGAAAUUAAUUUACCCUUGUUGACUUUAAAUAGAUCAGAUAAAAAAAUUCAAAAAACACCAAAAAUAAAUUAUAAAUUCUAAAUUUAAAAAUAAUGAUUUACUAUUAUGUUAAAAUAUUAACUCUUUAAUUUUAAAUUUGAAAAUUAAUAUUUUUUCGUUGUAAAUGAAGCACUUCAAAUUCAUAUAUAUUAACUAUAGUCUUGUUGCGAAAUUUUGAACACAUUGUUAUAUUUUCUGAAAUAACAUUCUUGAUUUUGUUUACCCUUAAUAAAAUUAAAUUCACUAUUUUGUAAUCUUGAACUAUUUAUCAUCAUACAAAAUAUGUAAUUUUAUAGUGCAAAGAAUGCAAAAAGAUAAUGUAUAUUUUUACAUUACAACACAUAUGUUAACAUUUUUUCGAAAGAAUCUAAAGUUUUGAAAUAUUAUUAUAUACUAACAAUAUUAAAUUGUGAUAUAAAAACAAUAGAAGGGAGAAUUGGAAACAAGUACAUGUUUUAAAUUUUUGAAUUUUGAAUUUAUAAUUUAUUUUUGGUGUUUUUUUAAAUUUAUUUUAUCAAUUUAAAGUCAAUAAGGGUAAAUUUGCUCCACGUAAGCCUACAGUCUUAGAAUUCCGUUAAAAAGGAACUUAAUGUCCAUCUCAGAAAGUUUUAAAUCCAUGUAACAAGCAUAUGCAAGAAUCGUGAAUCGGCAACUGGAACGAAGAUUCCCACAUAAUCAAGACGUUCAACCUGAUUAUACCAUUUAUCAACAAGUUGGGUUUUAUUGGUCAUUAUCUCACCAAUUUCAUCAGAUUUAUUUUGAAUACCCAUUUGCUCAUAAUAAUUGGAUGGUUACUUGAUAUUUCAACCAGUUCCCAUACAUUAUUGAGUUUCAAAUUGGUCUACCUCCUCUUGUUAUUACACCCUUAGAUAUGUCUUCAAUGAUCUUUUCAUAGGUAAGAUCCUUCAAUUGUUGUAUGAUAUAGACAAAUCAUCAUGGAUAUUAUGACCAACACUAUACUAGUACGUACUCAAUAAAGGGCUCUAUUUCAGCUGGCUUGGAUUGUCAAACAGAUGGCUCUUCCCUUCACUUUUAUCAUCUGUAAAACUGAUUUCCUUCUCAUCUAAUAUGGGUUGGUUUCAUCAAAUCCACAUGUACAGACUCGAUCUUCUACACAUAAAAAGUACUUGUAGGGGAAAACUCUAUAAAAUUUACUAAUCGGAGAAUAUCCAAAUAAAUCUUUCGAAGACUUAGCUUCAAACUUACCAAAUUGAUCUUUGGUGUUCAGAAUGUAGCACUUGUAGUUGAAUACUUUUAAGUAUGAUAUGUCUAGAGCUCUUUCAUUCCGUAGUUCAUAGGGUUCCACUUUGGUAUUGAACAUAGCAACACUCUAUUAUGUAACAAGUUGUUUGUAUUGCUUCUCCUCAAAUGUAUUGUGACCGUUUGUAUUCAUUUAGCAUGGUGUAUUUCAUAUCUCCAUUGUCUCAUUCUUUAUGUUAGCCACACUGUUCUAUUGAGGAGUUCUUGAUGUAUAAAGGUUGUAUCCAACGUCAUGAUAAUCAUACCAGGAUGUAAAUUUAAAUUUUCUGAAAUCUCCUCCCUUAUCACUCCUUAUGCAAGUGAUAGUGUAUCUUGUUUUAUUCUUUAUCCUUUUUACACAACUUAGAAAAUGCCAAAUAUGCAUCACAUGUAUGAGCAAGUAAGAAUUCAAGUACAACUAGAUUAAUCAUCAAUAAUCACAUAAAUAAGUGUAGCCCCUCCUAGAGUAGCUAUAUCAACUUUGCUAAAAGGAUCCAUGUGUAGUAGUUGUAAGGCGCGUGAUGUAACAACAGUAUUAGUAGAUUUAAAAGAAGUGUUGUUUUCCCAGUUUGCAUGCAUCACAAAAUUGCAGUUUACCAGACUUUAUAUGUAAGGUAGCCCAACAAUAAAGUUAUUACAAGACAGUUUGGUAAGCAAGUCAAAACUAGCAUGUUUUAACCCCCUUUCCACAGAAAAGCAUGCAAGAAAUCAUCACAAGAAAACUUAUAUAGACGGACAUGAUAUAUAGCAACAAAAAGUACAUUAUUACUAUCUCUAUCAUAGAAGGUGCACCAUUAGAACUAAAUACAACCUUAUGACCAUCUUCACACGACUAACUAAUGUUCAAUAGAUUACACUUAAGUCCAUCAACAAGUAAAACAUCUUUAAUAGUACUAGAGUUAGAAAUACUCACAUUGUCCUUACCAAUGGCUUUUUUUGUCUCCAAGUAUGAAAAUUCCACCACCUUUGGAGAUUAAAGUUUUGAACCAAGAAGAGCCAUCAGUUAUUUGCCUUGAGCAACUACUGUCUACUAGUCAUGUUCUUGAUGCUCAAGUGUACUUGCAAAACAUUGUAAACCAUUGAACGAGGUAUCCAUUUUAUAUUGAGUCCUUUUAGGUUGGUUUGGAAACCCUUGAUCACCCAUCUUGGUCACUUCCAAACUGGAGUUUUGUUCCCCCAUCUCAACCAGCAACUUCAUUUUAUAAUCAGUCCCAAUAUGACUAAACUUGAUGCAAUAGUGACAUGACUUUGGAUGUGCUCUUGAUUUGAUCUUAUUGGAAAAUAAUAUUGUAAAUCCAUUCACUUUUUUUUACUACUCCCCCCGUUUCUGAAACAAGUUCCACCUUUCCUUUUCGGGCAGAUUCAAAAUUAAGUUCCACUUUAAAACAUUUCCUUAUUAUCUAUAUCAAAACAGUGUCAAACAGUGUCAAACAGUGCCAAACAGUGUUCAAACAGUGUCAAACAGUGCAGUCCACAGUAAAGUCAAAUUUAUUUUCUUAAUAUGUGUGAAGUCAAAUGUGGAACUGGUUUAGGAAUCGGAGGGAGUAAUAUUUUGUGGUGAUAUUAAUGACUUUAGGAUCAAUCUCAAAACCAAGACCCUUUUUAUUAGUUUGAGGAAUCUAAGAGUUGCACAUUGCAUGUUGAAUAUGUCUAAUGUGAAAGAGAUUGUACGUAGAGUGACUAUGUUAGUCACUGAUUUUCUUCAAAGUAUCAUAUUCUUUUAUUAGAAAUUCAUUUUUGGUGAUAAGCUCAAGUCAUUCUUUUUCUAUCGAAUCAUAUUUAGAUUGUAAAUCAUUGAGUUUAUUCUCAAAACUGUCUCUGACUCCAAUGUUUGAAACAAGUCUAUUUGACAUUAUUCAAAAGCUUGUCUAAUCUCGUCAAAAGAAAAACUAUGAGAAAAAGAAUAAGAUGAAUAAAAGCUAACCUCAUCAUUAUGAGCCACUUUGCAGAAGUUAGCGUACUCAUCAUCAGAGAGUUCUAGACCAGACGACUCAUGAUCAAGAAUAAAGGCAUGCUCAAGGGAGUAUUAAGAACUCUUAUUGGCCACUCUCAUAGUCCGAUAGCAAUCUAAAGUCAAUCGAUGAAGGACAUCCAACAAAUUAUUCCUUUCCUUCUCUCAUUCUCAAGGAAAGGAGGUAGUGUAUGUGUGAAUGUGUCAAAAGGAACCCUACAAGUCUACAUGAGAGCACAAAACAACAUCAAAGAAAAUUGUGACUAUAAAAUCCUUAGAAAUCCAAAUACGCAUUUUCGAAAACAUUUGAUAUAUGCACAAUAAAUUUCUCAAGUUUUCCCAAAUCAAACCUCAAACCCUAUAAUAUCAUAUGGUUGAGUGACCAUUGACCACCCGCAAUCCCUAAUGAUACAAGAGUUUUUUUCUCUAAGUGGGACUUAAUUAAUUCAUAAACUCCAGCAUAGGACUACUGCUUAAUAUUUUCCUAUUUAGGACUCUCUUAGUCCUAUAAUUAUUAUUUCGUGUGUUUUUCAAAUGUCUAUUAUACCUCUGUUUAAUAAAUGUUUAAUGACCGUUUCCGCCUUCAUUCGAUUAACUACCUUCUCCAUUUCCGUUUUUUUCAUUUUAGGAAGGUAUUUCUCUCUUUCUCCUUCGCGCGAUUAGUUCUCUUUUUUCUUCUUCUUCACCGUUCGUCAUUGUUCAUCGACCUUGAUAGCGCACAAUCCGACAUUAGUUGAAUUGGACCUCAAAUUUCCAGGGACGUAAUUCAAUCGUUUAUUUUUUAAUAUUUAAGCUUAAUUCAAUCGUUAAUUUGUAAUUGUUCAUGUAUUACGCUUAGUUUUUGUUAUUUCUUUUUCGAUGUAAUCAACAGCUGAUUUGUAGUCUUUUUUAGUUGAAUUUGAUAAGUUCUUCUGCGUUUUUGAUUUGUGAUUCAUUAUUGUUCUAUUGUUUUCUCGUUGCCAUUAUUUUCAUGUGUGUUUAUUUUCUGAAUUGUAAUGUCCACUGAAUGAGGUUUUCUGUUUGUUUAUGUUUAGUUAUUGCCAUAUUUUUGUUGUCUUUUUUAUCAUUGUCAUUUUUAUAUAUUGACUGACAUGUUUUCUCUGUCUUGUGCUUACUUUUUUCUCCUUUUGUAUAUAUGUAUUUUCAGUUUGAUGGAUGUUGUUGUAUUUGUUAUGCUGAAGUUGGAUGGUAGCUGGUCUUCUGACUUUACGUUUAAUCAUACCGAUACGUAUGUUAUUCACGUCCGCUCUCUUGCAACAUAUGAUUCGUUUAUUGCAAUGUUUACUGAGAUGCUUCUUCAGUAUAGACCCCAUCAUAAAUUCAUACUCUCCUAUUUUGUUGAAGGUUCCCCUCAUCCUGUUAAAAUUAAUGAUGAGUCCAGUUUUAGAUUUUACCUUGACCUUAAGUUGAUAGAACCUGAUCCUUAUAAGUUUCCUUUAUGUGUUGAGUUUUAUUCCACAAAUACUCUUACCAUUCAUUCUGAGGAGCAACAUAAUCCAUGCUAUCAGUCAUAUAUUUCUUCUGGUCAAUCUUCUUCCAACAUUAUUUGUCAAGGAACUACUAGUGGUAAACACUGUGACUUUGAUUUUGGUGAUGGCGUUCCUUUUGAAUCAUUGUCAUCACAUAGUGAUUUAAUAACUUCUGUGGUCAAUGGAAGCACUUCACAUUCAGAAGACAAUGAUACGUUUUCAGAUGAAUCUCUCCCACCAUCUCCUAAAUCAGAUUAUAGUUUCCACAAUCUUGAAGUUAUCACAUAUCAUCAUCCAACUUGCAUUGCUCUACAUGUUAUAUACAUGAAUAAGCUUGAGCUGAUAUAUCAUUUGAAGAUGUUUGCCAUCAGUAAUAGCUUUCAAUAUAGAACCAAGACUUCAAAAAAACAUACUUUGCAUGUUAUUUGUUUAGAUCCGGAUUGUGAUUGGGCUCUUCGUGCUGUCAAAUUGAAUGGUGGUCAGAUGUUUCAGAUCCGCAGACAGGGCAAAUAUAGGCAAGCAACAUAUGAUGUCAUUGCAAAUAUGGUUGCACAUAAAUUUUUGGAUGCUUCUAUAAACCCGUACACACCUAAACAACUCAUGGCUGAGAUGAGCAUGGAUUAUGGUAUUUCAAUGUCAUAUAAGAAGUCAUGGAAAGCUUGGAAGAAAGCAAUGGAAAUGCAAUUUGGUUCUGAUUCUGAGUCUUACUAGAUGCUGCCUUCAAUUGCUUACAUGCUAAAUAAGACAAAUCUAAGAUCUGUUGUUACCCUUGUUACAAGUGCUGAUGAUGCUUUUCAAUAUUUUUUCAUGUCACUUGGUCCUUGGAAAGAUGUGUGGCAGUAUUGUAGGCCCGUGCUCAUUUUGGAUGGGUCAUUCAUGAAAUCGUAUUACAAAGGCACCUUGUUGACAGCUUGUGCUCAAGAUGCAAAUAAUCAAAUUGUUCCUAAUGCUUUUUGUAUAUGUGAGUGUGAAAGUAAAGCAACGUGGCGGUGGUUCUUAUCGAAGAGGCUCUGCAAAAGAUUUGGGUUGGAAAUUUAAAGCUGCAUAUUAGGCUUCAACUGUGAAACAGUAUGAGUAUUACAUGGCACUGUUAGAUACUCAAGAUGCCAGAAUAUGUCCAUGGUUAGAAAAGGUUGGUAUUCAAAAAUGGGCUAAAUGUAUGUCUGGUUUCAAUAGAUUUAACGUGAUGACCUCAAACUAUGUUGAAUCUUUAAAUAGUAUGAAUGCUUGUGCAAGACAGUACUGUGUUUCCAAAGUCAUCAAUUUUUUGCGUGAAAGAAUGCAAGAAUGGUUUAAAGUAAGGAAGGGAGUAGCUCAAUCUACAUGUACAAAGCUCUCUAAAAAAUAUGAAAAGCUUCUGGUUUCCUUACAAUUUGAAUCAAGUCGUAUGAAGUUACAUAUCCUCUUAUUACACAAGAGAACACUUGUUGGCAACUUGGAAUGGUAUAAUGCACCCAAUUGGAGAUCUUGAAGAUUGAGUCAUUCCUUCUGAUGUUUCAAGUACUAUUUGCAAGCCCCCUACAUGUUUGAAGCGACCACCAGGGCGUCCAAAAAAGUCCAGAAUCCCAUCAAUUGGAGAACAUGACGAUUCCAAAUGUCGGAAGUGUUCUUGAUGCAAAGUUUUUGGCCACAAUAAGAAGACUUGCCGUAAUGCUCUUCCAGUUGAUACAAAUUGACUUCCUUUACAUAGUUUUUAGAGUCCUCUAGUUUUUAUUAUCGCUAGAAUAAGAAGAGAUUUAUUGGAAUGUUAGUUUCUAUAAUAAUUAGACUUGAUGACCUUAUUUUAUAGUUUUCAAACUCACUUUUUCUUUUCAUUAUAUAGUGUUUGUGCAGUUAUAUUGUUGGCAGAAUUAGUUCCUUUAAAUGCAUUUAUACUUAAUAAGAUUGCAUUUUAUAAGUGGAUGAA